GUUCACUUUCGUUUUGGCUGCAAAGUGAAAGUAAACUGUAGCCUGUGUUUGAGGAGUCUUAACUGCGUUUUCAUCGAUGAAUGCAGUUGUUGAAGAGAAUUAAGUGAAAUCUGAACACAUUACUCGCUGUCUUUUGUGAAAGGGAUGGCUGAGGGCCAAAGCAGCAAUAGCUCCAUGAAGAUGUUGAAGCCUGAAUUACUGCACAGUGGCAAAAAAAACUCAGAUGUGGCCGACGGAGGAGAAAGCAGCAAACGCUCCAGGGAGAUGACAGAAGGGCUUCAGACUGGAGAACUGCACAAGAGCAAAGAAAUGUCAGUGGACCGCAGAAACAACUCUGAACAGAUUAAACAGUGUUUAUCUGAUAUAAAUCCUGAUGGAAAAGCAAGCUCAGUUCAGGCAGGCUGCUCAUCCCCUGGAGCCCCCUCCUCUGCACCUUCCUCUACUGGAACCUCAUACCCUGGACAUUCCUCUACUGGACAUUCCUCUACUGGACCCUCAUACUCUGGACCCUCCUACCCUGGACAUUCCUCUACUGGACCCUCCUCCCCUGGACCCUCCUCCUCUGGACCUUCUUCCUCUGCACUUUCCUCCUCUGGACCCUCCUCCUCUGCACCCUCUUCCUCAGUACCCUCUUCCUCUGAACCUUCCUCCUCAGUACCCUCUUCCUCUGAACCCUCCAGUUCCUGGGAUGAUGUAAGCGCUACACAUGUUGAGGGGGCUGAAGCAGUGAGGAAGAAGAGGGAGGACGGCCCUUCAUCUUGUUGCCUGCUGGAGGAUAUGAAGAGAAUUCCACAAUGUGACAACAAGCUGGGACGUCUGGAAUUCAGCAAAACGCACACUGUCCUUGUAGAUGUGAACAUUUUCAACUUUGGAGCGGGACCUUUGCCUCAGGACGGAAGAGACGUGUGGAACAGUGACUUUGUGAAAAUGCCGUAUUCUCAGUCGAGUCACAUGAAGACUGGAUUUGCGAUGCAAACCAACAAGGUUAGGUGGGAAGUGAUCUCCAAGCAGCUGAGCUCUCUGUCCAAGAAGACGACAGCCAGCGUCAAUGAUUUGGAGGAAGCUAUCAUCAAAUAUAACCCAAAGUACAAAAGUCAGUGGUCCUUUGAUGCCCUCUCCAGCUUGGUUAAGGCCAACCCGAAAGGAGAUAAUUACUUACCCAAACUAUUUCCAAAGAUAGCUGAGCUGGCCUUGAGGCUGCCUGAGCUCGUGAAGAAGGCCGUCCCGCUGCUUAAGAGGGGACACCCUGCAGCCAUCACCCUGUCACAAACUCAGAUAGCCUGCCUGCUCGCCAAUGCAUUUUUCUGCACGUACCCUCACCGCAACGCCUCCGGUCCUAAAGCAGAGUACCACAACUACCCCUCCAUCAACUUCACCAGUCUGUUUGGUAACUGGUCGUCCCGGAAGAAGCAGAAGCUGAGGGCCAUCAUGCAUUACUUUCAGGAAGUCACAGCCAAGGAACCAACAGGACUGGUGACGUUUGAGAGACACUGCCUCAGAGACACUGACUUCCCCAACUGGAGAAGCUGUAACAAGAAGAUGCAUAAACUGCACGUUGCCUCACAUGGCACCAUUGAGAAUGAAGGAAAAGGAAUGCUUCAGGUGGAUUUUGCCUCCAGCUGGAUCGGUGGAGGUGUGCUGGGCUCAGGUCUGGUGCAGGAGGAGAUCCUGUUCAUCAUCAAUCCAGAGCUGAUCGUGUCCCGCCUCUUCACUGAGCGACUUGGGGACAAGGAGUGUCUGAUCGUUACAGGCUCCCAGCAGUUCAGCAAUUACUCUGGUUUCGGGGACACCUUUCAGUGGGAGGGCCCUCAUGAGGAGCGCCUCAACAGAGACGAGUGGGCUCGGCUGCAGAGGCAGAUCGUGGCAAUCGACGCUUUGCACUUCAAACACAGAAGUGAGCAGUUCAAUAUGAUCAAUGUCACACGGGAACUAAACAAGGCAUACUGUGGAUUUAAGGGUCAUCGGCCCAAUGAGCCCGACAUCGCUACAGGAAACUGGGGCUGUGGAGCUUUCAAUGGAGACAAACAACUCAAAGCUGUGAUCCAGCUGAUGGCAGCAGCACAGGCAAAGCGAGGUCUGGCCUUCUUCACCUUUGAGGAUGAAAGUCUGAAGCAAGGCCUGCAGCAGACGCACCACCUGCUGGUCACAGAAAGAACUACAGUUGAGAAACUGUUCAGACUCCUUGAAGACUACUGUGCCGCUCAGCAAGCGUCUGGCAGUGUACGUGUGGAUCUGUUUGAUUUCAUCAGGAUCAACUUCAGCCCUUCCAGGAGUCUGCUGUGAGGACUGAUUCAUCCCUACCUCUGCAUCUGAAUUUGCACUUAAAUCUAAAAGGGAUCUUUAAGUAAAAGAAAUUAAGAAGCGUCCGUAUUGAUUAAAGAUCAUUUUUUGCAAAUGUACCUUAUUUUGAUCGUUAAAAGCGUAGCGAUAGCCAGGAAAUCUGGGCAGAGAGAGAUAUGAUGUGUAACAACGAAGAAAAUACAUGGUUAUUAAACAAGGCUUUAGAUCAAUUAAUCCAGAAGGUGUUUUUGAUUUAGUUUCUACACUUUGAUUUAUUCACUUUUUCCUCAAGCCAACUGGCCAAGUUGAGAAACUCAUAAAAAAUAAAAUGUCUUAGUGUGAAUCAUAUGUAAUUUUAGCUCCAUCAGUUGCUCUAAAGCCUGAGAGAAGUUAGCGUUAGACCAGUACUCUCACACUCAGUCAGCUGCUGCAGGUUUUGCAAGUUAACCCAUUAACAUUCAGCUUCACAAACCAGUGUGACAAGGUGCAUUACCUGCAGCAGUUGUUAGUGAGUCUGCUGUACUACCUCUUACUGUACUACUUAAUAUCACAGCCGUUUCAAAUCAACUGAGGUACAUAGUGUAGGAGUUACAUGUGACUGUGCUGAUUAAUAAAGAUUGAAAGCAUUC